UACGGACCGGGAUGCUGGGGCAGCUGACACUGCUGCUUCUCGCAGCCUUUCCUGUCACAGCACAGACUCCAGCAUGCAGGCUGCUGGGGAGAGCCAUCAUGCCCAGUUUCGCUCAAGACGGCCAGAUCACCCUCGGAGGGGUUUUCUUCCUCCAUGGAAGAACAGGUGAAACACAAAACCAAUUCAGAACCAAGCCCAAAAACGUGGACUGCUUAGGAGUAAAUUUCAGAGAGUUCCGACUGGCCCAAACAAUGAUCUUUACCAUUGAAGAAAUAAACAACAGAACAGAUAUCCUGCCUGGUUUGACCCUGGGUUAUAAGAUUUAUGACACCUGUGCCUCAGUAACAUUCUCAGUACGGUCAGCGAUGGCUCUGAUGAACGGCUAUGAAGAAAGCCUGAGUGAUACAUCCUGCUCCAGACCUGCAGCUGUCCAGACCAUCAUAGGGGAGUCUGGGUCAACAGACACUAUUGCUGUUGCAUCAAGUGUCCGACCAUUCUUGAUCCCAGUGAUCAGCCAUCUUGCCACAUGUGCCUGCUUGAGCGACAGAAGAAAAUACCCAAAUUUCUUCAGGACCAUUCCCAGUGACUACUAUCAGAGCAGAGCACUGGUCCAGCUGGUCAAACACUUUGGCUGGACGUGGGUGGGGGCAGUUAGGAGUGACAGUGACUAUGGAAACAAUGGGAUGGCCACAUUUAUAGAGGCUGCUAGACAAGAAGGAAUCUGUAUUGAGUAUUCAGAGAAAUUUCACAGAACACAACCAGAAAAAUUACUUGAAGUUAUAGAUGUGAUUAAAAAGGGUACAGCAAAGGUAAUUGUGGCUUUUGUCGCUAUUUUGGAAAUGUAUUAUUUCUUGGACCAGUUAAUCAUUCAAAACAUAACUGGUUUCCAAUUUAUUGGAACUGAAGCCUGGAUGUCUGGAAGGAGUUUAGCAACACCAACAAGUUUCAGAGCUCUUGGUGGGUCGGUUGGGUUUGCUGUGACAGGAGCUAAAAUAAGCGGCUUGAAGGAAUUUGUGCUGAAACUUCACCCCUCAAUGAAUCCAAGCAACACUGAUCUCCAGGACUUCUGGGAAACGGCUUUUCAGUGCUCCUUAACAACAGAACAUAAUUCAAGAUACAAAGCACCCUGCACAGGUACUGAAAGCCUAAGUGAUCUAAAUAACCCAUAUACUGAUGAAUCUGAGAUAAGGAUAACUAACAAUGUCUACAAAGCUGUUUAUGCAGUAGCACAAUCUCUGCACAGCUUGCUGAACUGUACUCCACAAGGCUGUGCAAGCAGAUCAAAAACUGAGCCCAGACAGGUCCUCGAGUCUCUACAAAAGGUCAAUUUCACUUUGAAAACUGGAGAACGGGUUUUCUUUGAUGGUAACGGAGACCCGGCGGCUAAAUACGAGGUCGUCAACUGGCAGCUUAAUCCUGUGGGUGCUGUAGAGCUUAAGGCAGUGGGUUACUACGACGCCACCUUACCAGCUGGUCGACAGUUUGUUAUGAGUCCAGUCAGUAUGGUCUGGGCAGGUGGUCAACGAGAGAUGCCCCAAUCAAAGUGCAGUGAGAGCUGUCCCCCAGGAACCCGCAAGGCCGUGCAGAGAGGGAAGCCUGUCUGCUGCUACGACUGUGUACCCUGUGCUGAGGGGGAGAUCAGCAAUACUACAGAUUCUAAUGACUGCAUUCCUUGUGAUCUGGAAUACUGGUCAAAUGAAUAUAGAAACAGAUGCAUAUUAAAGACAGUUGAAUAUUUAUCUUUUGAUGAAACUAUGGCAAUAGUGCUCAUAAUUUUCUCACUUUUUGGGGCAUGUAUAACCAUAGUUGCAGGCACUGUGUUCUUCAUACACAAGGACACACCCAUCGUCAAAGCCAACAACUCUGAGCUGAGCUUCCUGCUGCUCUUUUCCCUGACCCUCUGUUUCCUCUGCUCACUCACUUUCAUUGGACCACCUUCCAACUGGUCCUGUAUGCUGCGCCACACAGCGUUUGGAAUCACCUUUGUCCUCUGCAUCUCUUGUGUUCUGGGGAAAACAAUUGUGGUGUUAAUGGCCUUCAGGGCUACACUCCCAGGCAGUAAUGUCAUGAAAUGGUUUGGACCUUCUCAGCAGAGGCUCAGUGUUCUUGUAUUCACUCUCAUACAGGUGCUAAUUUGUCUGCUCUGGUUGACAUUAUCCCCUCCUUUCCCCAACAAGAACACGAAGUACUACAAAGACAAGAUCAUUCUAGAGUGUGAUGUGGGGUCAGCAGUGAGCUUCUGGGCUGUGCUGGGGUACAUUGGUCUCCUCUCUGCCCUGUGCUUUGUACUGGCUUUUCUGGCCAGGAAGCUGCCUGACAACUUCAAUGAAGCCAAAUUCAUCACCUUCAGCAUGCUCAUAUUCUGCGCCGUCUGGAUCACUUUUAUCCCAGCUUAUGUCAGCUCACCUGGGAAGUUCACUGUGGCCGUCGAGAUAUUUGCCAUUUUAGCUUCUAGUUACGGCCUUCUUUUCUGCAUUUUUGUUCCCAAAUGCUACAUAAUUCUGUUAAAGCCUGAGUUUAACUCACGAAAAAGCUUGAUGGGUAAAAUACCCACCAAGUCCCUAUAAGAAACCUAAUUGCAAGUUACACAUUCACACAUCGCAGCCAUUCAUUUCUUUAACUGCCAACAAAUGCAUCAUCACAUACUGUAGCAUGCAACUCACUGACGAGUUAUCACUGUAAACCACAGAGAGAUGCAGUAAAAUUUAUGUUCAAUACCCUUUUAAAGACUCCAGUCUUGUAUAUGAAUUAUGUCUCUCUGUGAGUCCCUGAGUGUGAUCUUGCUCUCUACAGAGACACUGCUGACCUACCAUCUCUACACCAGCACCCCUGUGCUCCUCUAUCACUGGAAGUGGCCAUUUUGGUUGUUUAUGCUCCACUGCCUUUUGAGAAUCCAUAUAGAUUCUUUCUGAAUGUCUAAAAUAUUCUCAUAGCAAUCCAUAUAGUAAAAGCAGAUACAAAUUGUUCACCUUUCCUUAAAAAAUGCAGAGUGGUGAAAGGUUAAUUGUUCGUUGCCUGCAGUUUUCUUAAUCUAAAAUAGAAAUAUUAACCUUUUAAAAUGUAAUACAUUAAAAAAAAUGUUUUAUGGUAAAUAAAAUAAUAGAAGCAGACCCGAAGAAUAUUAUUUUUCUGAAAGAUCUAUCGAAAAUGAGGUGUGGCUACAUUGAUUUUGGAUCACACUGUUGUCAUCAGCUGUCAAAUUACCUAUAAUCAUAGUAUACUUAGCUGAGGUUUUAUAACUGCAAAGUUAUAAAACACAAGAUGAACUCUGAAAUUACAACAGCCAAAAAGCAUACUACUGUGUGGUGUUUUAGUUUCGAUAGGAAACAUUUGGCUUGUCAAGCAUUUUAACUUACACGAACAUGUCUUUUAUAAUUAAUGAUAAAUAUCAAUGAUGAUUCAAACA